AUGCAAAGAACAGACCGUUGGCCCGAGGAAUUCGACCCAGAAGCAUCCAGAAGCAGGCCCGGCUCCAGAAGGAACUCCACGUCUCAAUCGAGAAGGAACAGCGUGAAGAAAGAGAAGGAAGUUAAGAAGAAAUCACCAAACGCAACGCCGACCAGCAAUGCUACGCCAAAGAAAGUGACCAAACCUCAAAACCUGGAUUUUGUUGUUACUGGCAAGCAAUGCACCAAAAGCAGAUCAGAUCGCGCCAACUCUCUGCCUGGGUACAACAGACGACCCUCCGCGGAAUCCAUCAGGACUAAGAGGUCAUUCGAGUCCCCAAAACGCGUGGUGGACUCCCAGUCCUCCAAGAGCAGAGAGACCUCCUUGGAAGACGACGUUUCUUUGGAUUUGUCUCAAGUUUCAGAUUUCGAAGAUACCAACUCUAAAUAUGGUAUAACUCAGAAGAUCACGGCGCUGGCCACCUCCACGCCCAAAGCGAAGCCCAGGAGUGGUUCCCUGCAGAACCAGCUGCAUUCCCAGCGAGUUGAGUCUAGAAGAGCGCAGAAGGUGGAUACGAAGAGCAGAGACAGCAUCUGCAGCCGGGAGAGUCUGUACAAGACUUCUUCAUCAGCAAGUCCAUAUAGGUACGGAGUAAGCACCGAGCUGGACUAUUCGUCAGUGUCUCCGGAGUACUCUGGGCAGUCUUCCACGGAGGUGUCCCCGCGGGUGUCCAGGCUCACUGAUACUGCUGUCACGCCUCGCAGUCAGGGGAUGACCGUCUCCAGCUGCUGCGCUGGCAGCUGGCAGGAUUGCAGCGAGAUGGAGCACACAGCAGUCGAGGGUCGAGCUGACGGGGAAUGGAACAACUUCUGGGCGAAUUACAACAACUCCAUAGCCAAGGUCCCCAUGAAGAACUACUACGACCAGUGCCCCACGCCGUAUAGGACGGAGAACAUCGAUUUGGCUGAUUUGGAAUUCUCAGGAGAUGGCUCCAGGAAACGCUCUCCAGAUAACAUUGAAGACAUAAAUUAUAUAAUACGAAACGAAGGUUUGCGUCUAACGCCACGAGAGACGCAAAACAUAAUAAAAUGUGCCCACAUACUCGGCAACGUGCUAAGUAAAGCCAUCGAGAGACGAUGCCGAGAGAAAGACACCAAAAUACAAGAAGUCAAAUCCGAAAUAGACGAUCCAGAUCGCGAAAUUAAAAAGAAAACGAUGACACUAGACUUGAAAGAGACGAACGUACCCGUAAACGCCAGUGAGGAAAAGAGAAGCGAGACUGCCACGACUCAAACUGACAUUUCGCUGCCAAAUACGAAAAGCGCGCCAAGAAUAUUCGAAAAGAUUCUCAGACAGCUGUCAAGGACGUCUCUGGAGGAAACCACAGAUAAUAAAACCGGUGAAAACAAAACUAGUGAGGAGAAAGUGGUUGUCGAUAACAAGGAAGACGUAAAAGAGGUUCAGAAAGAAAAUUAA